GCUGUCUUCAGCUUGGCGAAUGAUCCGAUCUGAGUUCAGCCAUAUUCCCAGUGACCAGCAGCCACACCGGCCCUCAAACUACCGACCAAAACCUCCCUAAUCCCCCGGUACGGUGGCACCGGGGACUGCUGUUAGACCCGAGCCGGUACCGGAGCUACCGGACAUGGAGCAGUGGAGGAGGAGAUAGAGAGAGAGAGAGAGAGAGAGAGAGAGAGAGAGAGAGAGAGAGAGAGAGAGAGAGAGAGAGGAAAGUCCAGAUUUACCGGGAUUAAAGCGGGCAGACAGACGGCCUCUCAACACGACGGACCGACGGGAACCGGCGGAGACACACCGACACACCGACACAGACACACCGACACCGACACACUCUCAAAAUGUCGGGAAUGUUUUCCCGAAGCCAGCGAGCUAACGAGUUAGCUAGCCGCUGGUAGCAGGAAGGACUCGGCAGUGCUCGGCAGUUUCCGGAGCCUGGGCGGCGGUUACACUCGGACUGUUCGGGGUGUUGUCAGCGUGAGUGUCCCGGGUUAGUGUGACUGUCCCGGGUUAGUGUGACAGUCCCGGGUUAGCGUGAGUGUCCCGCAGUGGUGGAAUGUACCUCCAGUACUGUACUUAAGUACACAUUCAAAGGGCUGGUGUCCCGAGCCGAGAGAGAGUGUCCUGGGCCAGCUGAGAGUGUCCCGGGCCAGCUGAGAGUGUCCUGGGCCAGCUGAGAGUGUCCUGGGCCAGCUGAGAGUGUCCUGGGCCAGCUGAGAGUGUCCUGGGCCAGCUGAGAGUGUCCUGGGCCAGCUGAGAGUGUCCUGGGCCAGCUGAGAGUGUCCCGAGCCAGGAGUGAGUGUCCCGAGCCAGGAUGUCGGCCCAGGCCCGUCUGCAGCGCCUGGAGCAGCUGCUGCUGCAGCAGAAGGCGGCCGGCUGUCUGAGCGUGGAGGCUCUGCUGGACCUGCUGCUCUGCUUCUACACUGAGGUCUCCCACUCUCCUCUCAGGAGGGAGAAGCAUGUCAGUGACUUCCUGGAGUGGGUGAAGCCGUUCACCACCACGGUGAAGGACAUGCGGCUCCACAGAGACGACUUUGAGAUGCUGAAGGUGAUUGGACGAGGAGCGUUUGGAGAGGUUGCCGUGGUGAAGAUGAAGCACACAGAGAGAGUUUACGCCAUGAAGAUCCUCAACAAGUGGGAGAUGUUGAAGCGAGCCGAGACGGCGUGUUUCCGAGAGGAGCGGGACGUUCUGGUGAAAGGAGACAGUCAGUGGAUCACCACUCUGCACUACGCCUUCCAGGACGACAACUACCUGUACCUAGUAAUGGAUUACUACGUGGGCGGAGACCUGCUGACGCUGCUCAGUAAGUUCGAGGACCGUCUCCCGGAGGACAUGUCCAAGUUCUACGUGGCGGAGAUGGUGCUCGCCAUCCACUCCAUCCACCAGCAGAACUACAUCCACAGAGACAUUAAACCAGACAACGUGCUGCUGGACGUUAACGGUCACAUCCGCCUCGCUGACUUCGGAUCCUGUCUCCGUAUGAUGGAGGACGGCACGGUGCAGUCGUCGGUGGCUGUGGGAACCCCGGACUACAUCUCCCCGGAGAUCCUGCAGGCCAUGGAGGACGGGAUGGGCCGCUACGGGCCCGAGUGUGACUGGUGGUCUCUGGGGGUGUGCAUGUACGAGAUGCUGUACGGAGAAACGCCGUUCUACGCAGAGUCGCUGGUGGAAACCUACGGGAAGAUCAUGAAUCACGAGGAGCGUUUCCAGUUCCCGUCCUCCGUGGCCGACGUGUCUGAGGACGCCAGGGAUCUGAUCCAGCGGCUGCUGUGCUCCAGAGAGCGCCGUCUGGGCUCCAACGGCAUCUCUGACUUCCAGCAGCAUCCGUUCUUCAGCGGCAUCGACUGGGACAACAUCCGGGCGGCCGCCGCGCCCUACAUCCCCGACGUCUCCUCGCCAACAGACACGUCCAACUUCGACGUGGACGACGACGUCCUCAAGAACCCGGAGCUGAGCCCCCCGGUGUCCCACACCGGCUUCACCGGCCAGCACCUCCCCUUCGUGGGCUUCACCUACACCACCGACAGCUGCUUCGCCGACCGCAGCUCCGUCAGCCGGGCGGAGGGCGGGGGGGCAGGGGGGGGGCAGGAAGUGGAGGCGUUUGAGAGGAGGAUCCGCCGCCUGGAGGAGGAGAAACAGGAGCUGAACCGCAAACUGCAGGAGUCCACCCAGGCGCUGCAGUCUCCGGCUCGAGGAGGAACUCUGAGCCGAGACAAAGAGAUCAAGAAACUCAACGAGGAGAUCGAACGGCUCAAGAAGAAGCUGGCAGACUCUGAUAGGCUGGAGCACCAGCUGGAGGAAGCUGUCACACUCAGACAGGACUACGAGAGCUCCGCCUCCAAGCUGAAGACGCUGGAGAGACAGGUGAAGACGCUGAGACAGGAGAAGGACGAAGUCCACAAGCAGCUGGCGGACUCUCUGGAGCGUUUCCGGGCCCAGACCAAGGAGCUGAAGGAGGCCCACUCCCAGAGGAAGCUGGCCCUGCAGGAGUUCUCAGAUCUGUCGGAGCGGAUGGCCGACCUGAGAUCCUCCAAACAGCGUCUGUCCCGCCAGCUACGGGACAAAGAGGAGGAGACGGACGCCGUCCUGCAGAAGAUGGAGGCCAUGAGACAGGAGAUCCGCAAGACCGAGAAGAACCGCAAAGAGCUGGAGGCUCAGCUGGACGAUUCGAGGGCCGAGGCGUCGAAGGAGAAGAAGCUGAGAGAGCACAGUGAGGUCUACUCCAAACAGCUGGAGACAGAGCUGCAGGGUCUGAAGUCCCAGCAGGGCCGCGGUGCAGCUGCUGGGGGGGUGGAGUCCCAGCAGGAAGUGACCCGUCUGAAGGCGGAGCUUGAUAAGAAGGUCCUGUUCUACGAGGAGGAGCUGGUCCAGAGAGACUCCGCCCACUCCUCCGAGAUCAAAAAGCUCCGCAAAGACCUGCACGAGUCUGAGGGGGCCCAGCUCGCCGCCAACAAGGAACUGCUGCAGCUACGGGACCGGCUGGACAAAGACAAGAGGGACAGACAGACCGAGAUGGAUGAAGCUGUUUCUGCUCUGAAGGAGAAAUCUGAACGAGAGAAGAACCUGCUGACGGAGGAGAACCGCAAACUGACCGCAGAAACUGACAAGCUGUGUUCAUUUGUGGAUAAACUGACGGCCCAGAACCGCCAGCUGGAGGACGAGCUCCAGGAUCUGUCCUCUAAGAAGGAGAGCGUCGCCCACUGGGAGGCUCAGAUCGCAGAGAUCAUCCAGUGGGUGAGCGAUGAGAAGGAUGCUCGUGGAUAUCUUCAGGCUCUGGCCACCAAGAUGACCGAGGAGCUGGAAACUCUGCGCUGCUCCAGCAUGGGAACAAGACCUCUGCCUGACUCAGGACUGGCCACGCCUCCUAAGAAGCCCUGGCCUCCUAUUGGUGGAGACAGGAGGGACCCUCUGUGGAAGGUGCGUCGCAGUCAGAAGUUGGACAUGUCGGCCCGUCUGGAGCUGCAGUCGGCUCUGGACGCUGAGAUCAGAGCCAAACAGCUGAUUCAGGAGGAGCUGCGGAGAGUCAAGGCUGCUAACAUCAACCUGGAGAGUAAGCUGAAGGAGUCUGAGGAGAGGAGUGUGGAGAUGUCGGAGCAGAUGGAGACUCUGAGGAGAGAGAUGGAGGACAGUCGCUCUCGCUCUGACAAAGGUCUGAAGCUUCCAGACUUCCAGGACUCCAUCUUUGAAUAUUUCAACACGUCUCCUCUGGCUCCAGACCUCACCUUCAGAACCUCAGACAUAGACUCCGCCCUCCUGACGUCCGAGGCCACGCCCCCUUCCCCGUCCACCACCUCUGAACACGAGGAAGUGAAAGCAGCGUCAGUCCCAGCGAGCCCCUCCCCCCCCUCGCAGCUCUCAGCACUGACCACACCAAAGCCCAAAGCUCACCAGCUCAGCAUCAAGACGUUCUCCAGUCCCACUCAGUGCACACACUGCACCUCUCUGAUGGUGGGACUCUUCAGACAGGGAUACGCCUGCGAAGUGUGCUCCUUCGUGUGCCAUGUUUCCUGUAAAGACCACGCCCCCCUGGUCUGUCCAAUCCCAGCCGAGCACGCCAAGAGGCCGCAGGGCAUCGACGUCCAGAGAGGCAUCGGCACCGCCUACAAGGGCUACGUCAGGAUCCCGAAGCCCAGCGGCGUGAAGAAGGGCUGGCAGCGAGCGUACGCGUUGGUCUCUGACUGCAAACUCUUUCUCUAUGACAUCCCUGAGGGAAAGUCCACCCAGCCCGGGGUAGUGGCCAGUCUGGUGCUGGAUCUGAGAGAUGAGGAGUUUUCUGUCAGCUCGGUCUUAGCGUCAGAUGUGAUCCACGCCACCAGGAAGGACGUCCCCUGCAUCUUCAGGGUGACCUCGUCCCAGCUGACCUCCCAGCUGUCCUCAGUGUCCCUGCUGGUGCUGGCGGAGAGCGAGGUGGAGAAGAGGAAGUGGGUCCGGAUCCUAGAGGGUCUGCAGAGCAUCCUGACCCAGAACCUGCUGCAGAGCCGCCCGGUCCACGUCCUGCACGAGGCCUACGACGCCUCGCUGCCCAUCAUCAAGACCACGCUGUCAGCCGCCGUGCUCGAUCGGGAGAGGAUCGCCCUGGGAACAGAAGAUGGACUGUUUGUGGUCGAGGUCACCAGAGACGUGAUCGUGCGAGCAGCAGACAGUAAGAGGGUUUAUCAGAUCGAUUUGAUCCCGAAGGAGAAGAUCAUCGCUCUGCUCUGCGGUCGGAACCGCCACGUUCACCUCCACCACUGGGGGGCGCUGGAGGGGGCCGAGUCCAGCUUCGACAUCAAGCUGACGGAGACCAAAGGCUGCCAGGCUUUGACCACCGGGCUGCUCCGCCCUGGAGGCCCCGCCUGCCUGCUGGCCGCCAUCAAACGCCAGGUUCUGUGCUACGAGGUGUCCCGUGUGAAGCCGUACUAUAAGAAGCUGUGGGAGGUCCAGGCUCCAGGCCCGGUCCAGUGGCUGGGUAUGGUGCGGGACCGGCUGUGCGUGGGCUACCCGUCUGGCUUCGCCCUGCUGGCCCUGCAGGGGGAGUCGUCCCCCAUCAGCCUGGUGAGCCCGGCCGACCCGUCUCUGGGCUUCCUGUCCCAGGCGCCGCUGGACGCCCUGCACGCCCUGGAGGUGGGCUCCUCCGAGCUGCUGCUCUGCUUCAGCCAGCUCGCCGUCUACGUGGACGGGCACGGACGCCGCUCACGCACCCAGGAGCUGAUGUGGCCCGCCACGCCGCUCGCAUGCAGCUCCAACUCGUCCCACCUGACCGUCUACAGCGAGUACGGCCUCGAUGUCUUCGACAUCCACACGGCCGAGUGGGUCCAGACCAUCUCGCUGCGCAAGAUCAGACCUCUGAAUGUUGAAGGGACGUUGAACCUGCUGAGUUCAGAGCCGCCUCGUCUCAUCUACUUCAGCAACACCUCGUCAGAGGGGGACCUGACCAUCCCCGAGACGUCGGACCACAGCAGGAAGUUGAUGGUUCGAACUCGCAGCAAGAGGAAGUUCCUGUUUAAGGUUCCUGAGGAGGAGCGCCUUCAGCAGAGGAGGGAGAUGCUGAGAGAUCCAGAACUCAGAUCAAAGAUGAUUUCUAAUCCCACAAACUUUAACCACGUGGCUCACAUGGGACCAGGAGACGGCAUGCAGGUCCUCAUGGACCUCCCUCUGGUUGGUGAUGUCAUCUCCCUCUCCCCCUCCCCCUCUCCCUCCCCCUCCUCCUCCUCCUCCCGUCACACCCUCAUCUCCCCCCCUUCCAACUUCGAGCACGUCUAUCACAUGACCUCGGCAUCGGCCGGCGCCUUCCUGCAGAAAGACGCUUCCUCUUCUUCUUCUUCUUCUUCUUCCUCCCAUCAGAGCCUCCUGCAGCCUUCCUCCUCCUCCUCUUCCUCUCCCUCCACCUCCUCUCUGAGUGUGAUGCCUUCAUCUCAGGAAGAGUCCAUUAAAGAUAAGCCCCGCCCACUGUCCAGUAUCUCCCGGCAACAGAGGAGCAGGACGCACAUCACACGCACAGCUUCAGAUUUUGGGGGAGGGGCUUCAUCUCGCAACGUCUCUGACCCGGACCAGGACCUGGACCGAGAGCCGGACUCGGACUCAGCCAAGCACUCGACCCCCUCCAACAGCUCUAACCCCAGCAGCCCCCCCAGCCCUAACUCCCCCCACCGCAGCCGGCUGACGCUGGACAGCCUGGAGAUGGACCCCUGAGGCCCCGCCCACACAGGACCCCGCCUACUGAGACCCCGCCCACCCAGGGCCCUGA